GUUGGGAUUUUGCAAAGUACGCGGCUGCUAAUUGUUUUCUACUCAAAAUUUUUAAACAAUUAACUAAAUCAUAAUGUUGAAGCAAGUAACUAAACAAUUGGCGCUGCAAGGAGUGCGCAGCUUCUCGGUUAGCCAGCAGAAUAACUACAGGGUUACCGUAUGCGGUGCCUCUGGAGGAAUUGGCCAGCCGUUGUCGCUGUUGCUCAAGCAAAAUCCCCUGGUUACAGAUCUGGCUUUGUAUGACAUUGUCCACACGCCCGGCGUGGCCGCUGAUUUGUCCCACAUUGAUACCAAGAGCAAGACUACUGGUUACAUGGGAGCUGACCAGCUGGGCGAUGCUCUAAAAUGUUCCGAUGUGGUUGUCAUACCCGCUGGUGUUCCUCGUAAACCUGGCAUGACUCGUGAUGAUUUGUUCAAUGUAAAUGCUGGCAUUAUUAAGGACAUUGCCAACUCAAUUGCCAAGAACUGCCCCAAGGCAAUGAUUGCCAUCAUUACAAAUCCAGUCAACACCUGCGUGCCCAUUGCAGCUGAGAUUCUCAAGAAGGCUGGAGUGCAUGAUCCCAAGCGUCUGUUUGGCGUCUCCACUUUGGAUGUGGUGCGUGCACGUGCCUUUAUUGGCCACGCCCUCGGUGUUGACCCUCAAACCGUUCAGAUACCCGUGAUUGGCGGUCAUUCUGGUGUCACUAUUUUGCCAGUGCUGUCCCAGACUCAGCCUCAAUAUAAGGGAAACCAGGACGCCAUUGAGAAGCUGACCGUGCGCAUCCAAGAGGCCGGUACUGAGGUCGUCAAGGCAAAGGCUGGUGCUGGAUCUGCCACACUAUCGAUGGCAUAUGCAGGUGCACGCUUUGCUGGUUCUCUGCUCAAGGCUCUGAACGGCGACAAGAACGUAGUCGAGUGCUCUUACGUGCAGUCGACUGUUACUGAAGCUACAUACUUUGCCACCCCAUUGCUGUUGGGCAAGAACGGUAUUCAGGAGAACAUGGGUCUGCCUAAGCUGAACGACUAUGAGAAGAAGCUGCUGGAAGCCGCUAUUCCCGAGCUGAAGAAGAACAUCCAAAAGGGCAUUGACUUUGCCAAAGCCUAAGCUGGACCAGUUCAGAUCUAAACCAGUCAACCCGUUACUCAUAUUUACCAUUAGCAGUUCAUACAUUCUAUAUAUAUUGUUUUACUAGAAAAUUUUCGGCGCUAUUAUUUUACCUAUUCAAAUUUCCAUUCAUGUACCCCCAAAGCCAUAUACGCAGCCCAUUGAUACUUAAAAUUCAAAUAAAUAGCGACUUUAUAGUGGUUGUUAUAAAACAAUA